CAUUUUAUUUUAUACUUUGCGUUUUCAGAGUUAGACGAUAUUAUAGUCCUACAGGUUAUACUGCUGACUUGAUUAUCUUGGAUAAAAUUACUCAAGUUUCGAAGAAAAGAUCUCGAGAAGAUGCUUCGUACGUUCAUCACAAACUCCUCCAGGGUUUUGCACCGAGGAUACGCUCGUCUAAUCAGCCAGCAGUCGAAGAGAAGCCAACAAACGGCUGCUGCUCCAAUCGAGAAAUCAGCCGAAGACACUUGUCCCGUAUCUUCAUACAAUGAAUGGGAUCCUCUUGAAGAAGUUAUCGUUGGAAGACCCGAAGGCGCCUGUAUUCCCAGUUUUACUGUUGAAGUCAAGGCAAAUACAAACCAAGCUUACUGGAAUUUCUACGAGAAACAUGGCGGACAACUAUUCCCGGAGAAGCAUCUUGAACUCGCAGUGAAAGAAGUCGAAGAGUUUUGCAAUAUUCUUCGACACGAAGGAGUCACCGUAAGAAGACCGGAUAUUGUUGAUUGGGCGAAGGAAUAUGAGACUCCGGAUUUCAAAGCUAAAGGUCUAUAUUCCGCCAUGCCUCGCGACAUUCUGAUCGUCAUAGGAGAAGAAAUAAUCGAGGCACCAAUGGCUUGGCGAUCCAGAUUCUUUGAGUAUCGUGCUUAUCGCUCGAUAGUCAAAGAUUAUUUCAGAAGGGGAGCAAAGUGGACGACAGCUCCUAAGCCAGAGAUGAAAGACGAUCUUUAUGACUGCGAUUAUCCAAUGAGCAACGUUCAAGAUCGUCACAUUCUUGCGUCACAAGGGAAAUUCGUAACAACGGAAUUUGAACCAUGCUUCGACGCUGCCGACUUCAUUCGCGCGGGAAAAGACAUAUUUGCUCAAAGAAGCCAGGUCACCAACUAUAUGGGAAUAGAAUGGAUGCGUCGCCAUCUUGAGCCAGAGUACAAAGUUCACGAGAUCUCAUUCCAAGACCCGAACCCGAUGCAUAUCGACGCCACGUUCAACAUAAUAGGACCUGGCUUGGUUCUCUCUAACCCAGAUCGACCUUGCAAUCAGAUUGAAAUGUUCAAAAAAGCCGGAUGGAAAAUUGUCACAGCUGCAAAACCUGUAAUUCCCGACUCACAUCCACUAUGGAUGUCGUCAAAAUGGCUUUCCAUGAACGUUCUGAUGUUGGAUGAGAAACGAGUUGUCUGUGAUGCGAAUGAGAUUCCUACUAUUAAAAUGUUUGAAAGGCUGGGUAUUCAACCUAUCAAAGUCAGUCUACGAUAUGCGAAUUCCCUUGGCGGAGGUUUCCAUUGCUGGACAACUGAUGUUAGACGAAGGGGAACAUUGGAAUCGUAUUUUUGAAGUAAACCUGUAUUUCCGUGUGUGGAAUGGACUUUGAACACUUGCCGCUUUUCGUUACGAUGUGAACACUGAUUAUUGUUGAAUGGGAAAUUUAGCAAAUACAUUUCUUUCUUCAAAGCCGGGCAAUUCCGGUUAAAAAAACGA